GCAUCCGUCAUCAAGAGGAGAUCCCCGAUUGCCUGUCGCCGAUGUCGUCGCAUGAGAAGCAAGUGUAUCCAUGACUGCGCCCAGCCUCCUUGCAAGGCCUGUCUUGAAGCCGGACUCGGCGCCGAAGACUGCAUCUUUCCCGUUCGAGGUCAGCCAGAUCACGAUCGCGAGUUCCGGCAUCCCCGCGUAAGAGCCGAGAAGACGGCCCGGCGGGACCCCGCCAAGGUGCGACGCGAGAUCCUUGAUGCUCCUGUGCGACCUCUAGGCAAGCCCAGCGAUGAGUGGGAGCGAUUACCUCCGUUGCCAGACAUUAUCGACGGUGUCAAUCGCUUCACUCAACACUACUUUCAGCUCGGCUUCAUCCCCAAGCAGCAGUUUCCCGAUCGUCUGCUCAAGGACUAUCGCUCAGUGAGCGUCUUUCUCGUCGUUAGCAUCCUUAGCAUCUCGGCUCGUCUGAGUCCUUCCCUCGCCACCCGUUAUGGCUCGGGUAUGAAGGCGGCAGAGUUCUUCAUGGAGCGUGCCACCAACCUUGCCUAUGGUGAGCUCUACCAAGAGCCCACGUUGGAGAGGUGCCAGGCGUUUUACUUGCUAAGCAUUGCGCAACAGGGAAGUGGCCUAAGAAAUAAGAGUUAUAUUAAUAUGGGCGUUUCUAUGCGGAUGGCAUCUUUGAUGCGACUACAUCGAGAGGAGACGUAUCGUGUUCAAAACCCCAGUCCAGAGGUCAUUAUCAGGUCCGAAUCAGCCCGAAGAACUCUGUGGAUGCUACAUAGCCAGGAUCAGUUACACUCAGGCCCAUACUCACCAGUAUCCCUUGCCGCCUCGGACAUCACAGCCCUUCUCCCUUGCGACGAACACGACUUUGCUAUCGGGAGAGAACCCCCCUCACGGGCUGCUGUUGAGGGAACACCUCCUGCAAUUGAGAACCCGGCUCUCAUUUUUGACCCUAACCGCUCUCUUUUUGCUUCACUGAUCCAGGCCCAUCACUUCUGGGGGAUCGUCAGCCGCCGAGCCGUCAAAUUUGCCCGAAGUUCUCGUCCUUGGGAGGCAAAUAGCGAGUUUGCCUGUGUUGUGAAGAAGCUACAUGAAUGGGAGAAUGCGCUACCUCAGGGCCAUCUCUGGAGCGCUCAUACGUUAAAGAAGUACAAGGCCGACGGCCAGGAUCUGGCAUACCUUGGGGUGACAAUGGUGCCUCGUCUAUGCAAUAUUGUCCUUCGUCGACCAUAUCUGAUGGACAUGUUAACCGUCACUUCCAAGGACGAACAGCGGCAGCAUUUCUUUGCCAAUAUUGCAUAUGAACUCUUUCUCAACGUUCGGCGCCUCUUUGAGCAGAUUGAUGCUCAGUUCACCGGCCGCUCGCCAGACGAGAGUGUUGGGGCGCAGAUGGCUGCCUUUUGUGUUUACAGCUGUGGUCUAUUCUCAACAUACCUCUGCCGAUACCCUCAUAUCUGCCCGGAUCUCAACAUCAGCCGUGAAGGUCCCAUGAUGCUUCAGCGUACCCUCUCGAUCCUGAUGGAGUGCAAGGAAGUCUGGCCUCUUGCAUCUCGCUGGGUUGAGGCUCUUGAGCGGUUUGCUCGAGAUCCCACCGGUUCCCUCACGACAGAGAGCGGGAUGGCAGAU